AUGGAACUUCACGGUGCGGGAGCGCCCGUCGGGGCCGUGGCCUGUCCUGUGUGUACCCUGUAUCUGCGUGAGGGUAUCAGUCUGCAAAAGCAUCUGGACACUCAUCCCAAGGAACAGGUUAUAGAUGCUCUUAUUAAAGCCAGCGCCUCCUCGGCACAGUCGCAACAGCAGCAGCAGCAACAACAACAACAACAACAACAACAACAACAACAACAGCAGCAGCAGCAGCAAGUUCUACCAUCAUCAGCAGGAACAUCACUACCAUUAUCACUGCAGCCACAGGCUGCGCUUCAGACCCCUACUUCUAUUCAGGCGCCCCAGGCGUCCUCCCAGGUCUCGCAGAACGCACACAUUUCUACUCACUCCCCGUAUCCUGUAGGACCCAUCUUUGAAUGUCCACCCAUAAGUACCAUGAUGCCACCGCAGUUCACCUCCUUCAGCUAUCAGCAAUUUGUGAACAAUGGGACCAUGAUGAUACCGCAGUAUGCGAUGGCGCCGCAAGCCAAUCAGAUGAUGCAGAUGCUGUAUAAUCCAUAUGGUAUGUACCAACAGCAAAUACCCACCGUCCAAAUGAUCUCACCAGUUGCAGCUAUUCCUGGCGCGACGACGACAACGAGGAUCCGACCAGUGGUUACCAUGGCCGGGGAGAACAACGUCAGGACCCUGACGGUCCCUGUAAAUAGUCCCGAGCCAAAGCAGAUUCUGCCAGAGAUUCUGCCAGAGGCGGAACCUGAGUCCGGGCAAGUUAUGUCAGACGUGAACCUCUCAGCGUCGCCUGUGCUACCGAGCGAAGACGCAUCUGUCAGGGUGAGGGAGGAGGGCGACAGCGGCGCGCUGCCGAUCGAUCUCAGAGGACAGCAGACACGGAGCUCUACGCCUCCCGGCGACGGCACGGUGCAGCAUGAAUACAACGCUAUUCCCAGAUCUAUUACAAUUGCCUGUGCUAUAGAUGACGCCGACAAGGUGGAGAGCGUAUUGCCGGACGUGAUGGACGAGGAGGCGUCGAGCAACGUUCCGACCGCGGACUUACAGUGCAAAACUGUCACGUACGAGCAGCCAGAAACACAACAGUUUACACAGCAGGUCAUCGAGGAGGGAUACGGGAGCGUAUCCAGGAAAACGCUCAAUGGGACAGCCGACAUCGAUUCCGUGGCUUGCGAAUCGGAAAUGAUGAGUGACGAUAGACCCGCGAGUCGCAGCAGCAGCAUAAAUAGCAACGUCGGCUCGCCGCGGGAUCUGAUAGCAAUAGACGCGCUGAAGGACUCUGUUCAGCCCGAGCUUAACUCGGUAGAGAAACUGGAGAAUCUGAUCACCAUAAUGGAAACGGAGCUCAAUAACGCUUCGCUUCAGAAAGAAAAUAAUAUUUCAAACGAUCAGGAGAGUUUAGACGCGAAGGAGAAGGACGCCGUGACGGACAGAGAGGAGAGUGUAAUUCACGACACUGUGGUCACGAUCCCGGGCUCCCAUGAGAAGGAUCACAUAUUGCCCGAUAUACAGGAAGAGAAUAAUUACGUAACUAACGAACUGAGAAUGCUGGAAAAAUCUUGUAGUUCGUCAUACAGAGUAGACUGUUCGAAAAUAAACGAAGCACUGGAGAGACUGGAGAGAACUUUUCAUUCAGAUAAUUAUAAAUAUAGUUUUUCAGCGCCUGCGUCGCCGGUUGCGAGGAGGAAGAGCCGCAAGGUCGUGCAGCGUCGCUAUAGCUCGCGAUCGGAGCAUGGAUCAUGCGAGAAUCUCAACGCGUAUCGUCACCGUGCCGGCUUCGACGACACCGCGGCCAUGCACGACGACGAAGAUGACGACGACGAUGACGAGGACGACGAGGACGUAGACGAGGACGAAAAGAUCGACGAGGAGGACAACUUCGACGAGGCGGACAUGGAGAUAGACGAGAUUCCCAGUCCGCAUACGCCUUUCGCGGACUGCGGCGUCCGAUCGCACACGCCUUUGUCCACGAUCAGCGGCAUUUCCGUGUUAAGAGUCAGGAAGGAUCUCAGCAAGCCGUGUUCACCUACGUCCAUGCAUUCGUUUCAUCACGUGGACAGCGAUAGCGUGACUCACGACGAGGAUAGUAACGGUGUAGGCAGCGCCGCGGAGAAGGAUCCGAUCGACUGUUCUCAGACGGAAGAGGAGAAAAUCAAGACUGAUCGUCAGCAUCAGGAGAACGCGCAGGUGGCGGUGUGCGGAAGCGUUGCGAAAAUUCAGGAGUCGAGCAGCAGUUAUGCGUACCAUCAAUCAGUGAUAACCGAGCACAUCAGUUCAUUUCCCGUGAUACACUCGCAAUCGUCCGUCUUGAUGCACGAGUCGUACUCCAUCACGACGAGCACCAAGACGCAAAAUCUCCUGAAUCUCUCCGAGUCAAUAAAUCCCACUACUAGUACCGAAUCCAGGAGCUUUCACUCGGCUAAGUCGUUGAUGCCGAAGCAAUCGAUGGAACUGCUCAACAUAAAUGAAGAUGCUCACGCCGGGCCAAUGAACGUCUUUGAAUUUGACGGACUGCAAAUAUUAGUUCCUAGUACGUUUAUAAGUGACUCGUCCCAGAAAGCGGUGAGUGCGACCAGCCAGCAAUCUAUGGCGAGUAGCGAGGGUGCAAUAGGUAUCGAUGAAGAAGUGAAGAGUAUUAAUAUGCGCGCCGACGAGACCAUGCCACCUAGGGGCGAAUUGUCGGAACAAGAAAGUAAUGGUUGCACGGAGCAGUCUGCAUGGCAGUUGUACAUGGGUCAAGAAUCGUCACGCAUGUCCACCUCUUACGAUUUGUUGGCACGAGAAAGCUGGGAAGAAUCAGAAGGAUCCGACAACGAAAUCAGCGGGCCGUUGUUGGAUAGUAGAUCAUUGGCCACGCACUUUACUUCAAGCCUGUUUCUGGAUCGGGAUCGGAAAACACCGACCAAACGAACAUUCAAGUGUUCCCACUGUAGCGAAGUGUUUGAUUGUCCGAAAGAGCGUAGAGUUCACAGCACAACAGUGCACAAGGACGCAAUGCCCAGUAGCAGUAGAGACCAUUUGGAUCAACCAGAGGUGAAGGACAUCAAGUUGUUGGAUAGUCGCAUGAAUAUGUUUGACGACAUAUUUAUACCGAGUAUACAUAUGCAACAACACAUGUACCAUCAUCAGCAGCCGCUCUUGCAUCAGCUGCAGCCACCGUCGCAGCCUGGAUCGGACGGCCUGACGAAAGCCGAGGCCGACCAGAAGAUCGGCGAAAAUUUGGUGAUACCGUCGAAUAUCGAGGUGAUCUGCACGAUAUGCAAUCAGCGUUUCAACAGCGAGAAAUCUCUGCAGGCGCAUCACCGGCGCAUGCAUAUCGCCGAUGUGAACAAACGCAUACGCGAGACCGCCAAGUGUCAGAUAUGCAACGAGGAAUUCCCGUCAGUGUUCCUGUUCAACGCGCACCUGAAGAUACAUCCGUUAGAAUGUGGCCAAUGCGGUAAAUAUUUCUAUCGCAAGCAGAACUUCAAGCUCCACAUGAAACGUCACCUAGGUAUCAAACCGUUCCCGUGUACCGUGUGCGAUAAAGCGUUCCUCACCAAGCAAAAGCUAGAGGAGCACACAAAUGGCCACACCGGUAACGCGCCCGUCAGGUGUAGCUUGUGUAACGAGACCUUCCGCAGAUAUUCGAAUCUGACUCAGCACAAAAAUAGGCAUCAUUUAAACAUCAAGAAGAAGCUCAAGGACUAUAUAUGCCACUGCGGUGAGGUGUUCCACACGAAGAAAAAGCUCGCCUGGCAUAAGGAGACGCAUGAUGAAAAGCCCAAGGCGUGCACGUAUUGCAAUGAGCGAUUUAUCCACAUGGCUAGCCUGACGCGUCACAUGCGUCGCGCUCAUAAUCGCCGAUUUGUUCCUGAUGCUCAGCGCGAGAGCGAAAACGUCGAAUGUCCAAUCUGCAAGUGUAUCUACCUGCGAUCGUCGCUGGCAGUGCAUAUGCGCGUGCACAAUGGCGAGCGACCGUACGAGUGUCAAGUUUGCUCCAAGGCGUUCAGCACCAAGUGGAACCUGCAGCUGCACAAAUGGACGCACGCAGCGCGCAGCACCAAGCCGUUUAAAUGUAAUCAGUGCAGCGCGGCAUUCUACCGUCACAGCGACUACACAGCGCACAUGAAUUCCCAUCGGAAUGUGCGGCCGUACACUUGCAACUACUGCGGCGCGCAGUUCAUCCGCAAGUACAACUGUCUGCGGCACGUGAAGGAGCACGAGGAGAACAAAGCGUAUACGUGCGAUGUGUGCAACAAGACCUUCCACCGCUCGUACUAUCUCAAGGAGCAUUUGCGUGUGCACUCGGGCGCGCGGCCGUACACGUGUCAUAUCUGCGGCAAGUCGAGCGGCACCAAGUCCAAUCACAACAAACACGUGCGAAUUCAUCACGCGCGCGAGCCUGUAAAUACCGAGAAUUGAAUAAGGAUUGCUGGAUCAUCUACGACCCGCUAUGUUCAUUUUGGCGUUCUUAUUGUCGCAGUUGGGAUGAAUCGGACGGGACUCGGCGCAAUCGCACACGUUGUACUUGUAACGAGAUUACAGCGUACACAGUUCUCAGGAAACUGGAACUAUACUUUUACACUUUGAUUUGGUAUGAUGUAACAUUUCGACGAGUCUCCACGCGCAGUGGACACUCAUCGCUACGUGCCUGCGGCACAUUAGAAGCUGAACUCGUCAAAGUUUUGAUAAGGUGGUUGAUCCUAGUUUUGAACCGAUUUUUCUCGAACUGGCUUGGUCCAGCCCAAAUUCUACACGAGGGAUAGUCGUGCUAACUGGUUAGCGAUUCGCUGUCCCCGUCUAAAUUAUAGCUACAAUUACCGUCGGUACUACGAAAUUUAGUUAAGAUUAUUUAGCGCCGAUCGACGUACAGAUAACGGCAAGUCGAUGUUUUAUUGUACUCGAUCGGAGAGACGCGUAUUGCGUUCACACGCGAUACAGAAAAAGAUAUAAUUAACGAAUAUGUACGGCUGUACGCGUAUACGCGCCGAUGACAAUGAAGACAAUUGAGUCACCGUAACGGUAUUCGAGUGCUGAGUCUAAAGCACUGGGUCUACUGUUAAGGGUUUUAUUCGAUUUCGUAUGUAUGAGGAAUAUAUACUGUGUUAUAUACAUGCCGUACAUUUUUAAUAUUAUUAAUACUAUAAAGGUACAUGAAUUUUUUAUAUAUAUCCGAAAGUGUCUUAUGGUAACACUUUAAGCAUUGCCAUACGUAGAAUAAUUCGGAGACAUUAACUUUGUCAUCCGUGUGGUUUAAUUUUAGACAAGUAAUUUUACCUUAUCUAAAAUCUCUUUUUUUUCUUUUUUGAUCAAAUUGCUAUUAAGUAACUGUUACAUUAUUAUCAUUCUUUUUGUUAAUGAAUGCAAGGUAUUUUUUUUAUUUCUAAGAAAUUCAUUAAUACUUGAUUUUUUGUAUGUAUAUAAUAUUUAAAUUAUGUGUUAAAAUGUGAUUUAGUUUAAUUUAAAAGCACUUAAAAAGAAAAAGAAAUCUUUAGAUAUCCAAGCAUUUAAGACUAAUGUAGGGCAUGCAAGUAUUCUAAGGACUUCUUUGUUCCAUAACAAUUUUUAAAAAAAGUAUGCUAUGUAUGUUACUUAUACAUUAAAUUCUAUCAGCUUGUCAAUGUAUUGCAAUACUUUGUAGUUAUUUAUUUUUUAUUUAUUGCGUUGAAAAAGACAAAAAAUUUCAUAUAAAAUUUGUAUAUUUAAAUUUUUUAAAUUUUAUUUUAAAUCAAGUUUACGUAUUUAUUAAAAUUUGUUUGUGUUCUGUUUUCUCUUUUUCUUGCAAAACUUAUAGCCCUGCGAAGAUAUCUAAGGAUCAAAGUUGUUAUCUAUGAUAUAUUGUAUUAUCAAGCAACUUCAUUAUACGGGAUUGGGAUUUUAUUACGUUAUACAUGCUACGUUUUAAACAUUUGCGUAUUAGGUAGGUCCAGUGACUUCAGACUACAAUUACCUAAGCUACUGAUAUGAAUUUUUAAUAAAGAUUAACUAUCAUAAUAUAUGUCACAAAGAUUCUCAAAUAAAUCUUGCGGAGGAAAAAUUUGCUACGCAAUGAAAGGACACGUUUGC